AUGGCCGACAAAACCGAACAGGCUCCUCCUGCCCCCGCGUCCCAGGAGGAGCAGCCGGAGAAGCAGGAGGAGAAGCAGGAAACCCCCGUUGUUGAAGCUGCCCCUGUCGAUGCCGAUGCCGACGCUUCCAAGAAACAGCACGAAGAGGAAGAGGAGAUCAAGUCCAAACGGGUGACGUUGGCCGACCUGAGUGCGAAGGGCACGACACUUUACGCCCACAAGAACUACGAGGAAGCCGCCGAGGUCUUCUCUGAGGCCAGCAUUCUGCAGGCCGCGAUCAACGGCGAGACGAGCCCCGACAACGCAGAGAUCCUAUUCCACUAUGGCCGCAGCCUGUUCAAGGUCGGGCAGAGCAAGAGCGACGUGCUAGGCGGUUCGGCUCCCGAGGCCAAACCUGCCAAGGCCAAGCCUGCCGUGGCACCCAAACCGUCAGCCUCCACUUCCGGUGAUGCUGCUGCUACGGCCGAUGGCAACGGCAAGCCCGAAGUUGCUAAGCCUCUCUUCCAAUUCACCGGUGACGAAAACUUCGAUGACGACUCCGAUGAAGACGCGGCCCCCGCCGGCGAAGAGGAGGAGGAGGAGGAGGAGGAAGACGAUCUAGCCACUGCUUUCGAGAUUCUCGAUCUAGCCCGCGUGUGCUAUCUCAAGCGUCUAGAGCAGCUUCAGGAUGAGCAAGGCCCAGAUGGCAAGGGCAGGGAGACUGCUGCCAACUCGUCCAUUGUGAGGCACGUCAAGGAGCGUCUCGCCGAUACCCACGAUGCGCUUUCAGAGAUUUCCCUCGAGAACGAGAGGUAUCUCAAUGCCAUCGAAGACGGCCGCACCUCUCUCAAGUACAAGCUAGAGCUGUACCCCGAGGAAUCCGAAAUCAUCGCCGAGGCUCACUACAAGCUAUCCCUGUCGCUAGAGUUCGCGUCCGUCACUACGUCGGGCGACAAUGGCACCACCGCGAAGCGCGAGGAGAUGGACCAGGGUCUACGCGACGAGGCCAUCAGUGAGAUGGAACUAGCCAUCAAGAGCUUCCGUCUCAAGCUCGACAACAAGGAGAUUGAACUGGCCAGCUCCUCGUCGCCCGAGGACAACGACCUGGCCCGCAAGUCCAUUGCCGAGAUGAAGGAGCUCAUCACAGAUAUGGAGCAACGACUCGUCGACCUCCGCAGCGACCCCAUCGACACAAAGGGCCUCAUGGGUGCCGAGGCCAACCCGCUGGGCGGCAUCCUCGGUGCUGCCCUGGGCGAGACCUCUGAGGACGCCCAGGCUCGCAUCGCCGAGGCUACCAAGACGGCCACCGACCUCUCCAGCAUGGUGCGCAGGAAGAAGCCCAAGACGGAGGUGGAGGAGCCUGAGACUGGGAAGAAGCUUGAGGCCGCUGCCGCCCCUGCGGAGGAGUCUGCCACUGCUGGUGCCGGAAAGCGCAAGGCUGGCGACGAGGAAGAGGAUAGCUCAACCAAGAGGGCCAAGACGGAGGAGCCGGUCCUCUGA